CCUUUCACUCUGACUCAUUCUUUCCAUUCAAUACUACAGUUUUCAUUCACUCAAUCAAUCAAUUAUUUUUUGUCUGUGCCUGUCUUCGCUUUGGUUGGGUGCGCUUGCUUUUCGUGCGUUGUAAUUAUGAAUAUUUUCGAUAUUUUAAUUGAGUAAUAAUCGUUAACCGUAGUCCCUCAUGUGGUUUUAAAGUGAUACUAGUGAAAUCCUUCGAAGGAUGCUGUUCAAUGCUGCUGUGCACUGAAUAUGGCUGACGAAAGACUAGUGGUCCUGAAUCGUAGUGACAAUUUGGGAUUUGGAUUCUCCUUGCUCGGCGAAGCCGGUUUGCCACAUAUUAUAUACGAGAUCGAAGAAAACUCCCCGGCGGCUCGAAGUGGCGAGGUGGAGGCCGGCGAUGUGCUGCUCAAGGUCAAUGGGACUGAUGUGGACCGGUUUAGCACUCGGGAAGUUCUAAAAUGCCUGCGUCUUUCGUCAGAUCCCGUCACUUUAAGACUGAAAAAGGACCCGCAGAUAAAGGCGAACGUGCGCCGGUACCUGUCCGCGGCCGCCGAGCGCCGGAGUAGUGGCAUACGAACAAACCACGACAAAAAUUCACCGCCAUCGAGCAACUCAACGAGCAACUCAACGAGCAACUCAACGAGCAACUCAUCGAGCCAGUCGUCGAACGGCUCCACAGCAAGCUCGGGCGACAGUUGCGAGGCGUUGCUAGGCCCGGAGCGGCGGCGGCCGCGCGCGCACCAACCCAAGUUCGAAGCAUACAUGAUGACCGGCGACCUUAUGCUCAACCUCACCAGGGUCCAACACCCGCUAAACCACCCGCCGCUAUAUCAUAGGUAUAACUCAACGCCAGCGUCGCCGAGUGAGUCCCGCCUCUACGGGCGCGCGGAGCUGGCUCAGAGGCACAACUCCUCGCCAGACACCGGCCUCGUCACCACAGAACAUGCCAACAAAUUGUUCAGCUCGGUGCCGGCGUCGGGCGGGUCCACGCCGGGCGAGCUGGCUCGCGCGGCGCACACGGUUAGAACCUCCCGCUCUGAGGACCACCUGCAGAAGGAGUCAUCCCUAAGUGCAGUGGCAGUGGACAUGGAGGAGGAUGUGACGUCAUCGUUGAAUACGUUGCUGGACGCGCGGCCCGACUCCGCCACGCCCGCGCCGCGCUCCGACUCGCUGCCCGACCGGGACAGGAUCGUGUGGACGUACAACGCGCCGGUGUCGUCGGAGCGCGCGUGUAACGGCUCCGGACACACCUCCAACUCCACCUCAAUCUCCGACGGCAUGUCGCAGCGGUCGUCGUCCCCGGCGUCACCGACGUCGGUGUCUUCCUCGGUGAUGUCUUCACGGGCCACGCCGCCCACGUCCCAUCGGCAGCCUCUACCGCACCAUCACCGACCUCUCAACGGUGA